GGGAUGUUCCAAUGGUUACGCAUAAUACACGCCUACAAAAACUCCCGAAACUGCAAGAGGACGACAAGAGAGGCAUUCAUUCUCGGUGGUAUGUCGAUUCUAUCCGGCUACACAUCAAUUGCUGAUCCCGAAUGUAGUGGUUAUCUAGAAUAAGAAGUGGAAUAUACUUCAGUUGAUUUAUGCACGAAAUUCGGGAGGAGUUUUAUUUGGUGUCCUGGACGUUUUUCAUCUAAGGGGGUGUUGACCAAUCAGACAGCUGCAUGUGGAAGGUCUCAGCCAAUGAUGGAGGCCUGGCCAGCAGCCUGGGUCCUACUUUUAAUGCUAAUCGCUGAUUGGCUGGAAGCGGCUCAAUCACGGGACUUCACAGUGAAGGACAUCAUCCUCCUCCAUGCAUCAACCACACCUUAUCCUGGAGGGUUCAAGUGCUUCACAUGUAAAGAUGCACCAGACAACUACCAAUGCAAUCGAUGGGCUCCGGACUUAUACUGCCCACGAGACAGCAGGUACUGCUACACCCGCCACAUGAUGGACGUCCAGGGGAACACCGUGUCUGUGACCAAACGCUGUGCGGCCCUGGACCACUGUCUGUCUACAGGCUGCACCCAGGACAACCACGAAGGAUACAAGGUCUGCACUGCUUGCUGUGAAGGAAACAUCUGUAACAUGCAGUUGCCAAGAAACAAGACUGACACCAUCUUUUCCACCACCUCUCCCCUCCACAGCAGUAACGGUCAACUCACUUACAACUGGCUGCUCACUGGCUGUCUGAGCUCUACCGUCAUCAGAGUCAUGCUAUCCAACAGCCUGUGACAUCUAACACUCCUACCGUCAUCAGAGUCAUGCUAUCCAACAGUCUGUGACAUCUAACACUCCUACCGUCAUCAGCAUAAUGCUAUCCAACAGUCUGUGACAUCUAACACUCCUACCGUCAUCAGCAUAAUGCUAUCCAACAGUCUGUGACAUCUAACACUCCUACCGUCAUCAGGGUCAUGCUAUCCAACAGUCUGUGACAUCUAACACUCCUACCGUCAUCAGGGUCAUGCUAUCCAACAGUCUGUGACAUCUAACACUCCUACCGUCAUCAGCAUAAUGCUAUCCAACAGUCUGUGACAUCUAACACUCCUACAGUCAUCAGGGUCAUGCUAUCCAACAGUCUGUGACAUCUAACACUCCUACAGUCAUCAGGGUCAUGCUAUCCAACAGUCUGUGACAUCUAACACUCCUACAGUCAUCAGGGUCAUGCUAUCCAACAGUCUGUGACAUCUAACACUCCUACAGUCAUCAGGGUCAUGCUAUCCAACAGUCUGUGACAUCUAACACUCCUACAGUCAUCAGGGUCAUGCUAUCCAACAGUCUGUGACAUCUAACACUCCUACAGUCAUCAGGGUCAUGCUAUCCAACAGUCUGUGACAUCUAACACUCCUUAUGCAUGGUAGAAGUAGAUCUGAGUUUGGUCACCAGAGAUGUUUUUGCGUUAUAAUUUUAUAUAGUUGCUCUUCUUUUGUUUAAUUUAUUUCUUUAUUUCUCUUUUUUUUUACCGAGACAGUAUUGAUGUACUCUUCUAGAUUUUGGCUUAUUGUAAGAAGUUCUCCUGUAUUAUAUUUCCUGGAUUUGUAUUCUAUGUGCAGUAUGUGAUAUAUGUACAUAGUAUUUAUUUUUAUAAUACAUUUAACAAUUCUUAAAUACCUGUCGUUAACAUUAGAUUCAGGUAGAAAGAAAAGUGAACUAGGUUGCAGUGCAGUGUUUUUGUUCCUGGAGUCUUGUGGUUGGUUGGUUGGUUGAUUUAGGCUGUGUGCCCAGCAUGCCCAUGAGACUGAUGACAGAUCAUUUCCUCUCAACCCAUUGUCUAUCUGGCGCUAGCUGUGGAAGAUAUGAUGUCAACCAUAACACUACAAUGUUGCAAUAUGUUUCUGUAUUUCUUACAGUUCUGUCCAAUAAAAAGGUUGGCACUUAUUGAUUGGCAUGUCUUUAGGAAGACGGUCUAAACAUCUUGUACAGAUCCCAUAUACCAGGUUUGGUAUACAUCAUGUUCAUCAUUAAAUGUAUUAUACCAGGUUUGGUAUACAUUGUGUUCAUCAUUAAAUGUAUUGUACCAGG